UUUAUUUCCAAAUGAUAACACCUACGUUUAAAGUCGAGCAAGACAACGAUACUGUGACAAUUGUCAUUAAUACCCCUUAUGUCAGAGCUCAAGACGUUGAUCUUCAUGUUGAAGGAACUGAAUUCCGGUUUUAUUUACGUCCCUACUUUUUGAGACUUCAUUUUCCCGGAAAUAUUCUGGAAGACGAUGAUUCCAAAGCAAGUUACGAUCCUUCCGUCGGUCAAUUCACGAUUCGAGUAACUAAGGAGACGAAGGGCGAGCACUUCCCUGAUCUCGACUUGUUAACUAAAUUAUUAGCCAGAACGGGUGAAUCUAACGUCAAAGCGAGUGAGCCUAAAAAGCCCAUGAUUGAGGUUGUGGGCGGAUCUGAAACAAUAGGCGAAACAGAAAUUCAAGAUGCCAUUGAUUUCAACUGGGAAUUACCCCAAGAGGUACCCAUCGCGACCGAGCUUUCCAUUACUGCACACUAUGGUUUCAAUAACCAGUACCAUGGUUACUUCACACACGUACAAGAAACCAUGAACGAGAUCAAUGAGAUUGUUGACCCUGAAAAGUCGACCGCCGAAAGUCGUCGUGCUGAGCGUAUCGAGUCCGAAAACAAUCAUUUUGAUGAAGAUCAUUAUUGUAUGGAUUUUAUAAAUGACGAGGAGAUCAAGGAAUUGAUGAAGUACAAGACCGUGUUUUCAAAAGAAUUAAAACGUGUGCAAAAGAAUGCGAAAAAUGUCGAGACAAAGGCAGCUAAACCCUUGAUCCAAGAAGUCGAUGCUUCAGGUGAUAUUGAUAUGGAUGGACUUUCAAUUGAAGACGCGAAUGAAACCUUGUUAAAGUUCUCUAGUAAAGAAGAAGCAACUAUGAAAGAUUUACCUAACAAGGAAUACCUCCUGUCUUUUGAAAAGGCAACUUAUUUGGGAUUAGUUGAUCUCAUGUUUGCCUAUUGUUACAAUUACCGUGUCACAGAAGGCGAUAACAAUGUGGAAUCUGUGUGGUGCAUUGGUAGAAUCAGCCCCACUAUUUCUUCUCUUGAGCAAUUUUCGUUAUUGAAGGACGUGAUGGUCUCAUGUUAUCGACGCGCAUUGACAUAUCCACUUUAUAGAAACCUUGCAUUAUGUGAAAAGGUGCUUCAAGAUGUAUACAUUAUGUUUCGACUUGGCAAGAGAGCAAUUUUAAAAGCAUUGUUGGAUAUGAAAUACUUGUUUGAUCACCACGAUGUGUAUUAUGUAUACAGCAAAAUAUUUUUGGACGAUUAUUGUGUUUGGAUUCAACAUGCAAACGAGAAUGUAUUGCGGACAUUAGCCCACGAACUUCAUCAUUUUAAGGUGGAUAAGAACGAAUUAAAUUUUGAUAUCGUAGAGUUAGAGGAGAUUGCUGAACAAAUGCGAGGCAUGCAGGACGAGAUGGAGCAAGAGAAUGAUCAGGAUAUGCAAAGAGCUGAAAUGAUUUUGUAAAUAAAAAGUGUACAUACCUAUAUACAAUCUCCCCCCUUAUGAUGUAAGGCGUAGGCACUUUCUAAGCCAAUCGUAGAACGAGCUAAAUUAGAUCUAGGUGUGGGGAGACACAAAAAAAAACAUUUUUAAGCCCUA